CAUCCAUCGCGCACAAGGAAGCGGAGAAGCAGAGGACCAUGUCAUACAUGAGGUUGGUUUCCACUCUCGCCAGGGUCAACCCGGGCAUCGCCAGAAACUCCGCCGUCGUCCCUGGAAGGUUCCGCUCGACUGUGUCCUCCCCGAAGACUCAGGAGGAGAAGGACCUGGACGAGUGCGCCGUGGAGACGGUACCAGUGGAGCUCAUCAGCCACAUCAGCCGGCCGCUGACGCAGUUGAAUAAAGUUGAGGUCGAUUUCAACAACACGAAAGAAGCUUACAGAAGCAAAGACAACUGGGAGCUGCUGAGGAGCCUGCUGGUGUUCAAGCUUUGCACAAUUGAUGUCCUGGUUGACAAGAACAAGGAGUUGAUGGAUCUGUGCAAGAAGUUGCUGGGCCAGAGGAUAUUCGAGAAGCUGAUGAAGAUGACCUUCUAUGGUCAAUUUGUCGCUGGUGAAGACCACAACGCGAUCAAACCCUUGAUACAGAAAAACCAAGCCUUCGGCGUAGGCGCGGUGUUGGACUACAGUGUCGAAGAGGAUCUGACCCAGGAGGAGGCAGAGAAGAAAGAAAUGGAUUCAUGUGUAUCUGAAGCGGAGAAAGAAAGUCCAGAUGCUGGUCACCGUGAGAGGAAGUACAAGGCUCAUCGUCAGUUUGGUGACAGACGAGGUGGAGUCAUCAGCGCUCGCACCUACUUCUACGCAGACGAGGCAAAAUGUGACAAUCAAAUGGAGACGUUCAUAAACUGCAUCAAAGCAUCGGGUGGAGCGUCUUCGGAUGGGUUUUCUGCUAUCAAGAUGACCGCGCUGGGCCGCCCACAGUUCCUGCUCCAGUUCUCUGAAGUUCUGGUGAAAUGGAGGCACUUCUUCAACUUCCUGUCAGCUCAACAGGGCAAAUCCGACAUGACGGUUUUGGAACAGAAACUGGAACUGGAUCAACUCAAGGAGAGUUUGAGUGAGCUUGGGUUUGCUGCGAAAGAUGAUAUUGACAACUGGUUCACAGGAGAGAAGUUGGGAUUGUCAGGCGCCAUCGACCUGUUGGACUGGAACAAUUUAAUCAAUGACACAACAAAGAUUUCUAACCUCCUGAUGGUGCCCAAUCUUCAGACAGGUCAGUUGGAGCCUCUGUUGAAGAAGUUCACCAGCGAGGAGGAGAGACAGAUGAAGAGAAUGCUGCAGAGAAUGGAUGUUUUGGCUAAGCAUGCCAAGGAGAACGGUGUGAGGCUGAUGGUGGAUGCCGAGCAGACAUACUUCCAGCCGGCCAUCAGUCGUUUGACCCUGGAAAUGCAGAGAAAGUUCAACAGAGAAAAGCCUCUUAUCUUCAACACAUACCAGUGUUACCUAAAGGAAGCGUACGACAAUGUCACCGUGGACAUGGAGCUUUCCAGAAGGGAGGGAUGGCACUUUGGCGCCAAACUGGUUCGGGGCGCUUACAUGUACCAAGAAAGAGCCAGAGCCCAAGAGAUUGGCUACGAAGAUCCCAUAAACCCAGACUACGAGGCCACAAACAGGAUGUACCACAGGUGUUUGGAGUACAUCCUGGAAGACAUCGAACACAGAGGCAAAGCAAAUGUUAUGGUUGCGUCUCACAACGAGGACAGUGUGAAAUUUACACUUGAGAGGAUGAAUGAGCUGGGGCUUUCACCCACUGAGAACCAAGUGUACUUUGGACAGCUGCUCGGCAUGUGUGACCAGAUCAGUUUCCCACUGGGUCAAGCUGGGUUCCCUGUCUACAAAUACGUUCCAUAUGGCCCGGUCAAUGAGGUCAUUCCCUAUUUGUCUCGCCGUGCUCAAGAGAACCGCGGCAUUAUGAAGGGGUCUCAGCGAGAGCGCGCACUGCUGUGGGCGGAGCUGAAACGCAGGAUGCUGGCUGGUGAAUUUUUCUACACGCCCGUGUACUGAGGGGUCUGACUGGACUGGAACAGCGUGAGUCCUCUGAAAACAUUCCACCAGCUGUCAUCUGCCUCUAUACAGUACGAUGAACUUUUCAGGACGGCUAGGUGACCUGUGGUGUGAUGUUAUAUAAUCUAUAAAUUAUGUUAUGUCAUGUAUAUUUAUUAUCACAGCAGUGUGAAUUAUAAAAUCUUUUAGUACUUCUCAGCAAGUGAGUAGCUGAUCUAUAGAACGCACACUCAGAACGUGUAUUGUGUUUACAGAUGUACCCUUUUAACUCCGUGCCUUUAAUUCAGUCUAGACCCUGCUGAAGCCUGAAGUGCCUUGUGGAUAUUUUCUAGACAGAGACGGAUAUACUGUGUCAUUUGGGUUUCUUAUUUCUGAGCAUACUUUUUUUGCAUGUUUUGUCCUCAGUCUGCUUGAUUUAAAAAGAUCAUUAACACAAACCUCAAAAUAAUGUAUUAUUUAUUCUGAAUCUGAUUUUUAUCUGAAUUAUAUUGCUCCCUUUCCUAAGUAACAUAAUUGUGAAUUGUUACAUAGAUCCUUGUGCCUUGUAUGUUAAUCGUGACAUAUACAAUGAACGCAGUAUCACUUUUCAUAUUCAAUUUCAUCCUGUAUGGUGUUUAUCAUGUGCAAGUGUGACAUGAAUAUAUUCAGCAAUGUGGGUGAAUGAGUCAUGUUGGAUUGAAGGUGUGGCUUUCACAGUGAUCAACACCAUCAGCUGACAAGGAGUGAGGGCUUGUUUGUACAAGUCUGUCAAACCAAAUGUUCCUAAAUGUGUCGUGGGAAGUGCUGCUGAGGCGGGACAAACAUCCUGUGUGGAGCACGGAUGUUUAGAGGAGUUAAAGAAGCCUUGUUAUGUUGGGGAUAAAGCAAUAAAUUUAAGUCUGGGUAAUCAUAUUGUUGUGGAUAUUGUUGUUGUAAAUGUAAUAAACCAGUUUUGAUUCUUCUUUUCUUUUGGGUAAUUAUAACAUUCUACUAAGUGUUUCUCUAUUAUGUUCUGUUUUUGUACAUUUGUAAAUAUAUUUUGUGGACUCAAUAAAUCAUACAAUAAAGGAACCAUUUUAAA